CCCCAGUGCGUGUCUGCUCAGGUGUGUGUGUGCGCUGGAGGACCAUUGCAGAGCUUCGGACGGAGAAGAGGGGGACGCGGUCAUGUCAGACAGCGGAAAUGUACAGUCGCAGGACGGAGGAUCCCUCGGUGAGGACACGACGAGCCGGGUGAAAACACCAGAUGUGGGAAAUAGAGUGACCGUGGUGCUCGGAGCUCAGUGGGGCGAUGAAGGAAAAGGAAAGGUGGUGGACUUGCUGGCCCAGAACGCGGAUAUAGUCUGCAGAUGUCAGGGUGGAAACAAUGCAGGCCACACAGUUGUUGUUGAUUCAGUUGAAUACGACUUCCACCUUUUACCCAGUGGAAUAAUCAACCCCAAAGUCACAGCGUUUAUUGGCAACGGUGUAGUCAUUCAUUUGCCAGGCCUGUUUGAUGAGGCAGAGAAGAAUAUGCGCAAAGGAAAAGGUCUGGAAGGCUGGGAGAAGAGGCUGAUCAUCUCUGACCGUGCACACAUUGUGUUUGAUUUCCAUCAAGCUGUGGAUGGAGUCCAAGAACAGGAGAGACAACAGCAAGCUGGCAAAAAUUUAGGUACCACUAAGAAAGGUAUCGGGCCUGUAUACUCUGCAAAAGCUGCUCGCAGUGGCCUAAGGAUAUGUGACCUUCUGGCUGAUUUCCAAGAGUUUUCAGAGAGAUUUAAAAUCUUGGCAGCCCAGUAUACGUCUAUGUACCCUUCUCUUGAAAUUGAUGUGGAUGGAGAGCUUGAGAAACUCAAGUCAUAUGUGGAUAGGAUAAAGCCCAUGGUGAGAGAUGGGGUCUACUUCAUGUAUGAGGCACUUCAUGGACCUUCCAAAAAAAUUCUGGUAGAGGGUGCCAAUGCUGCCCUGCUGGACAUUGACUUUGGGACGUAUCCUUUCGUGACCUCAUCAAACUGUACAGUUGGAGGGGUGUGUACGGGUCUGGGCAUGCCACCCCAGAAUGUUGGCGAGGUCUAUGGAGUUGUCAAAGCCUAUACCACGAGAGUCGGGAUUGGCGCUUUCCCUACAGAACAAAACAACGAUAUUGGAGAGCUCUUGCAGACAAGAGGCAAGGAAGUGGGCGUGACCACAGGUCGCAAAAGGAGAUGUGGUUGGCUGGAUCUGGUGCUUAUCAAAUAUGCCCACAUGAUUAAUGGCUUUACAGCUUUAGCUCUCACCAAACUAGACAUCUUGGAUGAGCUACAUGAGAUCAAAGUUGGUGUGGCAUAUAAAGUCAACGGUGAAGCCAUCCCUCAUUUCCCAGCAAACCAAGAGGUUUUGCAAAAGGUUGAUGUCCAGUAUGAGACUCUGCCCGGCUGGAAUACCGACACAUCUGCUGCCAGGACCUUUGAAGAGCUUCCAGAAAAUGCAAGGAAAUAUGUUCUUUACAUUGAAGAACACCUCGGUGUGCCUGUUAAAUGGAUUGGUGUCGGGAAGUCCAGAGAAUCAAUGAUCCAGCUAUUUUAAGAUGCCACCGAUCUGCAUGUAGCACCGGCUGAUCCCUCUGGGUGGUGCCAUUGGGACCUUACAGGGUCAGUGUCAGGGACCUUUCCCACCUCGCUACAGUGUUAUGAAAGUUGGACACUCCAUCAUUCUGUGUGCUUCAGUUAUCAUCUCCUGGCCUUAUAGCAUUCGCCACUUACAUUGGCUUGGAUACAUUGAGCUGUUAUUCAUGUAUUCCUGUGCUUUGUUAACUCAGUAUAACCAACUUGAGUUCUUAAGCUGUAUAUGUACUAUUUUAAACAGUCAGGCAUCAGCAGUGAUGUAUAUUAUUGUUUGUUAGAUAUCAGUUUGGGUUCACACAGGUUGGUUAAAACAAUUACUUAUACAUGUUAUAUAUAUAUUUUUGUUCUUUCUUUCUUCAUACCAGAAUCAACAGUUAUGCAAUGUGUGCUACCGUGCGACACUUUAUUCUUGUUUUAAAUGGACUGCAUGAUUGAUUUGUUCAUGUAUAAAAAAGUAGUUUUUAAAAGACAGUUUGAGUAUUUUUUCGCCUGAUGCAUAAAAAUUAUUGAAGAUUUUAGCAUUUUAAAUGAGAAAUGUGAACAAAACAGCUUUAAAAUGUAACAAAAGUGUUUUCUAUUUCUCAAAAAUAUUAUAACGUACUGAAAAUAGUACACCUUUUCAGUACAGGUCAAGAUGUUUCCAUAGAGUUUAAACAUAAAAUGUAAAUGAAUGGAAGAAAACUGUCCCCUAAUUUUGUAUAGCUGUACACUAUUUAAUGCAGCACCCAUUUUAAAUUCACUUUGACUGCAUGAAGAUAUAAUGGGAUGUUUGCUUUUCAGUAUAGCUUGUUAAAGUAUAAAUGGAUACAAACAUGGAAGGUCAUAAAGGAAAUAUGGCACACUGUUUAGCUAGUGGAAAGCUCUCAUUGAUGGGUACAGAGCAGUUGUACAUUUACAAAACCUUUACAUUUUAGAGAUGCCUUAAGCACCUAAAUGUAAGAAUUACUAUAGCUUGUCUACAAGAAAACUAUAACUGUUGUGAAACCACAUAAAGUAAUUUUGUCUGGUGUUCCUAACAAGCUAUAUCCUCCGAUUUGCUACUGUAUUCUGAUUUUAGGGUUGUUUUGUUCUUAUUACCGCACUUUCCAAUAAAUAGGUUAUAUAGGAAAAAUGUGCCUUGAUAAUACAGCUCAAAAAUGAAACUUGAAAUCUUAAUCCUUUAUCUUUUCUGAUUGGUAAAUCUCAAUAUUUGAUUUUUAAAGGGCAUUGGUGCAAUUGCUACAGUAUUUGCAUGUGUAUCUCUAGAGAUAGCGCAUUUAAAAAUGCUGUACUAUAAAGAGCUUUUGUAAAUGACCCAGAAUGAUAACCAUUUUUUAUUAUAAUGCUCUGAUACUUCACAUUUUCUGUUUUAUCCAUCGUAGCUACUGAAGAGAUGAUGUAACUCGUUUGUGUAUUUAGCAACAUCUUUUUAAAACUCCAUUAUUUUAGUAUUAUCACCACAACACUUCCACUGAAUGUAAUAAAUCUAGUCUGUUUUAGAGUUGUAGAAUAGUCAAAUUAAAUUUUUUUGCCACAUACACAGGGUGUGCUUGCACAAAAAUAUUUCUGUUCUGGUUUCUGUUCUUUAAAGUCUGCACUGUGUUGCUGCUGGUUGAGUUUUCAUGUAUGUAUAUACAGAAUAAAAGCCAUAUUCCCUGAUCUUAUUGUUACUGUACAGUGGUGUUUACGGGAUCUUGAUGUAUGGGAAUUUAUGAAAGGAUGUCACUCACUUUGGAAUUGUAAAGAGGAAUGUUAAAUGUACUGUAUGUCCGACAUUUGUCAUUACUGUCCAAUAAAUAAAAUAAUAUAAUGAGAA